UCCAUUAGUACUGCUGGAGGUUACCUGGAGGAAAGAGUUGAUGGUUUUCCUUGCAUUUGACAGCUCGGACUGUCAUUAAUGUUCGUCCUCCCCCUUCUUAUCCGACGAGUCCCGCAAAUCAAGCACCUCAUGUCGUGGUAAAAUGUCGGAUUUCGAAGAAUUUGAGAAGCAGCUGAGCGCGAACCGUCAAGAGAGGGAAAGAGAAAGACACAAAAAGAGGAGUCGCAGUGGCUCGACUGGUCGUGGCGACAAACACGGUGGCUGGAGCAAAGAGCGGAGGGACAAACGGAGUCGCAGUCGAGACUGGAAGACUCGAGACCGGCGCAGUUCCUCACAAGACCACAAGAAACACAGACAUUCUUCUCCGAGGAAAACAAAGAAGAAAAAGCCGUGCAAGUACUGGGACGUGGCUCCACCGGGCUUUCAGCACAUUACUCCUCUGCAGUACAAAGCCAUGCAAGCAGCCGGUCACAUCUCGAGCACGGCCCUGCUGGCGACGUCUGCCACUGCUGCCACCACCGUGUUGCCCAGCGUGACCGUGGCGCCGCCUCCGGUGGCCAUAUUGGGAAAUCAGAUGACCAGACAAGCCCGCCGCCUCUACGUGGGGAAUAUUCCCUUCGGCGUCACCGAGGAGUCCAUGGCCGAAUUCUUCAAUGCUCAGAUGAGAUUGGCUGGCCUCUCCCAGGCCUCCACCAAUCCUGUCCUUGUUGUGCAGAUCAACCAGGACAAGAACUUCGCCUUCUUAGAGUUACGCUCGGUAGACGAGACCACGCAGGCCAUGGCCUUUGACGGGAUUGUUUUCCAAGGUCAGUCGUUGAAAAUUCGCCGGCCUCAUGACUACCGGCCGCUCCCUGGCCUCUCGGAGCAGCCUGCCUUCCAUGUGCCAGGUGUCGUGUCCACAGUGGUUCCCGAUUCUCCUCACAAGCUCUUCAUCGGCGGUCUGCCCAACUAUCUGAACGACGACCAGGUGAAGGAGCUGCUGACUUCCUUCGGGCCUCUCAAAGCCUUCAACCUGGUGAAGGACAGCGCCACUUCGCUGUCCAAAGGCUACGCCUUCUGCGAGUACGUGGAUGUGGGUGCCACGGACCAGGCGGUGUCCGGACUCAAUGGCAUGCAGCUGGGAGACAAGAAGCUCAUCGUGCAAAGAGCCAGCGUGGGAGCCAAAAACGCCGGCCUGCAGGCGUCCGUCAUUGAGACGCCGGUGCUGCUUCAAGUUCCGGGUCUACAGCGCGUGCAGAGUUGCGAGGGGGCGGCCACCCAGGUUCUGUGCCUGCUCAACAUGGUGCUGCCUGACGAGCUGGCCGACGACAAUGACUACCAGGAGAUCCUGGACGACAUCCGCCAGGAGUGCUGCAAAUAUGGCAACGUCCGCUCCAUCCAGAUACCGCGGCCGCUUCACGGGGCCCACGUGCCGGGCUGCGGCAAGAUCUUCGUGGAGUAUGUGUCAACGUCCGACUGUCAGAAAGCCAUGCAAGCGCUGAGUGGCCGGCAGUUUGCCAACAGGGUGGUGGUGACCAAAUACUACGAUGCAGAUAUGUAUCACAGACACGACUUUUAAAACACACACACACUUUCCUUGGCUUCCAGUGCUUCUUAAGUCCAGAGUUCAUUUUACUCAUUGCACUCCACUUCUUCUGCAGUCAAAUGAAUUUCGAUUUAAUAUUUAUGUACAACACAACAUUGUGGUGCAUCGCAAUAAAUUUAAAUACUGCCGCCAGGCUUGAAUUAUUACAAGUUACGUGCGUCUUUGCCAUAUGUAUGUGCACGUUUAUGGUGCUUUUU